UAAGUUGCUUGUUGGUGUUCUGUGCUGGUGGUAAUUAAGUUUAAUUCACGUUGUGCUUCUCAGUCUCACCGUAAUCGUGAUAUAAAGCAGAGAAAAUUCUAAUAGCUCAAUAAAGUGGAUGAUUGUCUGGUCAAUUUUUUUUUUCAUUAGUGUUUUGGACAUGACAAGAAGCUCGCAGCUAAUCUUUUUUGUUUCUUUUGAGUGACAAAAGAUCUAACUUCAUGGUCCUGAAAAGUAGUGCACCACUUUGGAAAGAAGUCUCGGAAGUUGUUAGUUCGAAAGGAUCUCCCAUAUUUUUAUAGCAAAAUGAUAACAAAGACCAGUUUUUGGUGAUCAUCGUAAAAUUGUGUAACAGGAAGCCAGUUCUGGAAGGCUUCGAAAGAAUUGAAAAUUCUAACAGAGUUUAGUUCAUCGCACUUAGUGCAGAUCGUGGAUUGGAUACACCGGUGACACUUGAUCUUUGCUCUCCUUCCUGAAUUACUACAGGCAACAAAUUAAUAUUCAAUAAAAGCACUGAGUCAUGGAGGCAGCCAAGCAGUCCAACCUUCCGCAAUGUCCUGCUGAGAGGGCAAAUUUCGUGUCUUAUAUCGUAUUCGGCUGGGUGCUACCCAUAUUCUACAAAGGCUACAAGAAAGAACUCGGUCCUGAGGAUAUGUAUCAGCCGAUGAAAGCUCACAAAUCCGAUCAUCUUGGCAACCGCCUCUGUCGCGCUUGGGAAAAAGAGGUAGCCAAUAAGCGAGCCAAGGGAAAGAAACCAAGUCUUAUGCGCGCAAUGGCCAAAGUGUUCGGAUGGAAUAUUCUUUUGCUAGGCUUAAUCCUGUUGGUGCUAGAACUGGCAUUUAAAGUAACGCAACCGAUUUUUCUUGGUGCUCUAGUAGCGUACUACUCACAACAGAACGGCAAUGUCAAUGAUGCUUAUCUUUACGCUGCAGCGGUCGUAAUGUGUAGCGCUAUCAGUGUGUUAUUCAUGCACUCCUAUAUGCUUUCCCAGCUGCAUUUAGGUAUGAAGCUGCGCGUUGCCGCCUGUAGUAUGGUUUACCGAAAGUCAUUACGAUUAAGUAAAACUGCCCUGGGAGACACAACGGCCGGUCAGGUGGUAAACCUUUUGUCCAACGAUGUUGGACGUUUAGAUCUGGCUGUUCUUUUUGUACACUACCUAUGGAUUGGCCCCCUUGAAACCAUUGUCGUCACAUACCUUAUGUAUCGAGAAAUUGGUAUUUCGGCAAUAUUCGGUGUAAUCUUCCUACUACUGUUUAUCCCGCUGCAAGCUUACCUUGGCAAAAAGACAUCGGUGCUUCGGCUUCAGACAGCGCUAAGAACGGACGAAAGAGUGCGACUAAUGAAUGAAAUCAUACAAGGAAUUCAAGUAAUUAAAAUGUACACAUGGGAAAAACCAUUCGCGAAGCUUGUGGCUAUGGCAAGAAAAAAAGAAAUCAAAGUCAUCCGUUACGUUUCGUACAUCCGUGGUAUUCUGCUCUCCUUCAUCAUGUUCACCACUCGAGUGUCGAUUUUUAUCAGCCUGAUCGCCUACGCCCUGUUGGGUAAUUUCGUGACGGCGGAAAAAGCGUUCGUCAUUACGGCUUACUAUAACAUUCUGCGCGCUACAAUGACCAUUUUCUUCCCGCAAGGCAUUGCACAGUUUGCCGAGGCGAUUGUUUCCGUUCGUCGUAUACAAAAGUUUAUGUCCUAUGAAGAAGUUGAAGCUGCACUGGGCGUUUCGAUGACCGACCCGGAGAAGAGCAACGACAACAGUUUGUUCGAUAGUAGCGAAGAGUUGAAUAAUGGGAUGAAGAAAAACCCAUUGGAUGCAGAACGGAUGAUUCGACACUCGGAAUCAGAUGGGUUAAACGAACAGUCAAGUGGGGAUAGACAUCUUUCCGAAGCCGGAGUAAUUGUUGAUACGGCUACGGCUCGAUGGGAUCCAAACGCAACGGAGUAUACAUUGGAAGGAGUUAACCUGCAUGUACAACCCGGGACGCUGGUUGCCGUCAUCGGUCCAGUGGGUGCCGGAAAGUCCAGUUUAAUUCACGCUAUACUUGGAGAACUUCCGUUAGAGGGCGGCACUAUAAAAGUUAACGGUGAAGUGUCUUAUGCGCCACAGGAACCGUGGCUAUUCUCGGCCUCAGUUAGACAAAAUAUUCUAUUUGGAUUACCCAUGGACAAGGAGCGCUACAAGCGCGUAGUGAAGACGUGUGCUUUGGAACGAGAUUUCCAGUUAUUUGCGAAUGGCGAUAAGACCAUAGUUGGGGAACGUGGCGUUUCUCUAUCGGGAGGACAGAAGGCUCGUAUUAGUUUAGCCCGAGCUGUCUAUCGACAAGCCGCCGUGUACCUCUUGGACGAUCCGCUUAGUGCCGUAGAUGCCCACGUUGGGCGCCAUUUGUUUGACCAUUGUAUGCGGGAUUAUCUUAAGGGGAAGAUUGUCGUAUUAGUUACUCAUCAACUACAGUAUUUGCAAAGUGCUGACCAAAUUGUGAUUCUCAAACAUGGCAAAGUUGAAGCUGUUGGGUCAUACGACAGUUUACGGGAGAGUGGUCUAGAUUUUGCUCAGCUUCUUUCAGCACCAAGCGGCAAGGAAGAUGAAGAUAGUACGGAUACAGAAUCUUUGAAACGAUCUGGAAGUUUGUAUAAGAGACAAAGCAGCGAGUCCAGUAUGGAUUCUACCGUGGUUGACGGAGAUACUCCGGACGUGACAGUGAGUGAGGAAAAACGACAGGAGGGAUCAAUUGGAUAUGCUGUUUAUAGAGCGUAUUGUAAAGCUAGCGGCGGAUACACAAUUGUGUUUCUGCUGUUCGUGGCUUUUGUUCUAUCACAACUGGCUGCUUCGGGAGGCGAUUACUUCCUGACCUAUUGGGUUAACAAAGAGGAAUCCAGAAUCAACUCAGUUCCUUUGAUAGAUAAUAGUACGGAAAGUAUCUUGGAGAAAACCGACAAUGGAACGGAACUGCAAGUAGGAAAUAAUUCAACGACUAACGUGGUUGAAGGUAUUUUUCGUGGACUUUUUGACACUUUUCGCCAGUUGACCGGAUCGGAAGAUGAAGAAAGAUAUAUAGAUAUCUAUAUAUUUAGCGGUAUAACUAUAGCGACUGUAGUUAUAACGUUGAGUAGAAGUAUGCUGUUUUUCAAGACGGCAAUGCGUGCAUCCCGAAGACUGCAUGAUGCCAUGUUCGAUGGAGUAACUCGUGCGACCAUGUAUUUCUUCAAUACAAACCCAUCUGGUCGAAUUUUAAACCGAUUCUCCAAGGACAUGGGACAGAUUGACGAAUAUCUGCCGUCGGUUACGGUGGAUGUAGUACAAAUCUUUCUUUCUCUACUCGGAAUCGUUGUUGUGGUCGCUAUCGUGAAUCCAUACAAUUUGAUUCCAACAGUAGUCAUUGGUAUUAUUUUCUACUUUUUACGUGAACUGUAUUUACAUACCUCACGCAAUGUGAAACGCGUUGAAGCCACUACGCGUUCGCCGAUUUACUCGCAUCUCUCAGCUUCUUUAUCUGGCCUUUCCACCAUACGUGCUUUCGGUGCGGAGAAGACCUUGGUUCGAGAGUUCGAUGGUCACCAAGAUCUUCAUAGUUCCUCUUUCUAUCUAUUUAUUUCAACGUCACGAGCCUUUGGAUUCUAUUUAGACGUGUUCUGCGUAAUUUACAUAGCCAUAGUAACGUUAACAUUCUUCAUCAAUGGAGACAGUGGUGGCAACGUGGGAUUGGCCAUCACCCAAGCCCUAGGUAUGACCGGAAUGGUACAAUGGGGUAUGCGUCAGUCGGCAGAACUAGAAAAUACAAUGACUGCAGUUGAACGAGUUGUAGAAUACGACACUGUCGACCCCGAGCCUGCACUGGAAGCCGAAGGCGAUAAGAAACCACCGAAAGAGUGGCCUCAAAAGGGUCAAGUGAAAUUUGAGAAGUUAUCUUUGCGAUACAAUCCGGAUCCCAAGACGGAUCGAGUGUUGAAAGAACUAGAAUUUGAAAUUGAGCCGUGCGAAAAAGUAGGCAUUGUAGGUCGAACUGGCGCUGGAAAGUCGUCUUUGAUUAACGCAUUGUUCAGACUGUCCUAUAAUGAAGGUUCGAUUGUGAUUGAUGCGAGAGACAUACACGAGAUGGGUCUGCACGAUCUUCGUGGAAAACUGUCGAUAAUUCCACAAGAACCGGUGCUAUUUUCUGGAACGCUACGGUAUAAUCUAGAUCCGUUCGAUGAGUACCCAGAUGAGAAACUGUGGCGUGCUCUGAAGGAGGUAAAAUUGGAGAGUGCUGUUAACGAAUUACCCUCAGGAUUGUCGUCCAAAAUCAAUGAAGGCGGAAGUAACUUUAGCGUUGGCCAGCGCCAGCUGGUUUGUCUCGCUCGUGCUAUUCUCAGGGAGAAUAAGAUUCUAGUAAUGGACGAAGCAACUGCCAACGUUGAUCCUCAGACUGAUAAAUUAAUACAGCAAACUAUUCGUGAAAAAUUCAAUGAUUGCACUGUGUUGACGAUUGCGCACAGGUUGAACACGGUGAUGGAUUCCGAUAAGGUGCUAGUAAUGGAUGCUGGACAUUGCGUUGAAUUUGGCACCCCAUACGAGUUGCUGGUUUCCAAAGAAGGCCCAAGGAUAUUCUACGGAAUGGUAAAACAAACUGGCAAGAGUACUUUUGAAAGUCUCCUGAAAACUGCAAAGGAGGCUCACAAUCGUAAACAAGGACAGAACUUCAAUCGUCUCGAUAGCUAAACUCUACUUGGCAUUAUGUGCUGGCACACACUUAACUCAUUAUUUAAUUUUUGAUCAUAGUGAAAUCAUUCGAUCACUAUUCACUAUUUUCACUGUUGCGGUAUUUUCUCGCACUAAUAACUAAUAAGAAUAGGAUAAGCUAAAAUUUGUCUUAGCCAUUUUUUGAUACUUGAUUGAAUUAAGUAAAAUAACUCACCGCAAGUGCUACUUAAAUAUUGAACUAUCAUAAUAAUGAUCAUGAAGUUGUACUUAAGAACUGAAUAUAAUAUGUACCGUAGUACAAACAAACUAGAAAUUACCAAAUAUUCUCAGCGGCUAUCUAUAAGCCACGUGGUUUAAAAGGGAAAUAUGAACAAAUCUUUAUCGUAGAACACAUCGAAGGAACUUGGCUACCUUUUGACUUGCAUUGGGUUUUCGUCUACUGCCUCAGCGGCAAAAAAGGGUUUUCUUUUAUCGCAUCGUGACGGGUAGUGAAAAAUAGAUAUACUUUAUAGCAACCCAAAUAAAGAAUGUCGUAGCACGGCCUAACAAACUGACCGCUCACUUUCCUACUCUACGAUCGCUGUAUUUCAAAUUUAGUGUUGCUUGGGAGUGUCUCCGUAUUCGUUAAAGUGGCCCUCUUUAAAGAAAGGAGGGGUAGGUCACUUAAAAAUUGUUUCACGUCCGUGGAAUACUCUUGUUGCAAGUUAAUAUUUUGGAAAGUCGUUUAUAAAUAGUGCUAGCAUUCAGGAAAAAUAUGCCUAACGAUAUUUUUUGUGAAACAUUCUUUAAAAAGAGUGAUGUCGGUUAGUCUGUGGUCGUAUGUACGGCCCGGUCAUGCUUCUGUCGUUGGCGCAGUCAACUAUUCACUCACGCUGUGAAAGUUACCAUUGAGGAACGAUACCAAACUCAAUUGAUGCGAUUGAGCCGAGCACGGUGCGAAAAAUAGCUACAACACGAGCAAAGGCAUGAUAAAGUAAUUUUACAGCAUCUUAUUGCCAAACCUGUUAAAACCUAAAAAAUGAUUUGAAUCGGGGAUAACCUUAAAAGACAAAGACGACGAGCUAUGACAAUGAGAUGGGAAAAAAUCGUAGCAAGCGGUGGGCAUUAUUUUGAGUGAUUCAUUUAAAAACAUUUCUGACAUAGGACAACGUUUUUGUUUAUUAUACCAGACAGCAAUUUGUAAAAACGCAAACAGCAGUGAAACGUUAAAAUGAAAGAUUUCAAAUACCAAUAACUUCUCAACCACGGCAUGAAAUUUCAUCGUCAAUAUUUCGUUGUAUAGAAAAAAUGUCCAGCAAUUCCUUGCGACGUGGUCCGCCCACCGUAGUCUCCCAUCUUUCGCCAGGUGUACGAUGGGAAUCUCUCCAAGAAGUGCCUGCGACUCCUGGUUCAUACGCCUACACCACUCUUCGCUUUCCGUUUGUACUCCGCCAAAAAUACUUCGCAACACCUUUCGUUCAUAUGCGGCAAGUGCACGUAUAUCUUCCGUAAGCAAAGUUACUGUCUAAAGUCCGUAGAGGGCUACCGGUCUGAUUAACGUUUUAUACAUCGACAGCUUUGUGCGGCGUCGUGUGCUCCUUGAUCGAAGCGUCUUGCGGAGGGAAAAGUUAUUAUCGCGGUGACCAGAGAUCCCAGAUAUACGAAUUCAUUAACCACCACGUUGCUUUCUCUGUAGCCUCUUCCUACCAUAUAUUUGGUUUUCGACUCAUUGAUUUGUAACCCAAUCCUCCUAGCCUCCGUUUUUAAUCUGGCGAGAUAUCCUCCGCCGUCCCAAGGUAUCUAGUAAUGAUGUCAAUAUCGUCUGCGAAGGUUAGUAGUUGGCUACUCCAGCUGAAGAUCGUACCUCUCGUUUCGAUGCCCGUUCGCUGGAUCACACCUUCAAUAGCGAUAGCAAAGACCAGUCGGAUGAAAAUACAGGUGACAGAAUAUCACUCUGAGACUCCUCGCAUAAGAAUUGUGUACAUUUUCCGAGAGGAAUUCUACAGAAGAUUCGUACAAAAUGCCUUGCUUAUGGAACCAAGAUUAUUAUAUGGAAAUCCAACAAAUAAAAUCCCCAUGAUUCCUAUAACUCGGUAAAGGAAUCAUCUGUAUUAUAAAAUAGGAUUUCUCGGAAUUCUGAAAACAGGAUUGCUUGUGUAAAAAUAAGGCUUGGCAAAGAAAGCAAAUCGCACCAACGACGUUCCUGUUAAUAUAAAUAAUAAUUUCAGAAUCACAAACUCCAAUUAACCGAUAAAACAGUCUAAAAACAAAACCCAAACUAAAUUUAUUAAGUCCUACGUCACCAUUUCGUUCAUCCCAUGUGGAUGUGUACCUUGAAGUUUUUCACAAUAAAAUGACAUUUUCGAAAAAGAAAUACCGAGAACCUAGUUGCACACCCAAUAUCUACUGAAAUGGUCUCAAAUGAAUAGUAUUGUAGCAAUUUCCAAUAUUUGAAGUAAUUCUCCGUCUUACAGGAAGGUAACGGGUCAUUCUAAAAAUACGAUUGUCACAAAAAUUGGUUAGAUUUUGUGCGCUAGUAGUUGGAACAUUUCUCAACCAAUUCGCAAGAUAUUUAUAUCAACCGAUCACAAAUUUUUCUACGAAUAAUUUCAAUAAAACAAUUUAAAUGCAUAAAUGUUAGACAUUGAUAAAACUGAUAAAUCACCCUAACACACUUUUGUUUUCCAGGCUUGUGACAAUUGUACACAUUUGCAGUGUAAAAACAGCAUGGCUUGUCAGUUCAAAAAUUAGUGGAAUGUUCAAAUUAUUCAGUCGCAAUAGAUGAUUCUUUCCACACUGAUUGAUCAAUAUGAAUGGAUGUUAAAAUUUCAUGUGUUCCUUUCCUUUGAUUCGCAAGUCGCAAUUCAUAUUUUUAACUUUUCAACUUACUUUGCUGUAUUAUUUCUCCAUCAAAACACACCUAUUAAUAUUGAAUAUUAAUUGAAGAACUAUGAAUUCUAUUAAAAUACGUCCCAUGUGGUUGUGCACCUUUAAUUUUUCAUGUUGAAAUUCAUAAAAAUAAUUGAAAAUGCUUCGAAAAUAUUUUAAUGUGCGCCUAUAAAAAUUUCGAAAUUGGUUUGUUUUAGAAUUCGUACAACAUCUCUGUUGCCCUAAAAUUUGAUGGUUCAAUUUCGUAAAAUUGACCGGUUUCAUGCCGAAAAAAUAUUGUUACUAAACCACGUGGCUUAUGGAACGCUACUUACUGAUCACCUUGGAAAGACUAUAGAGGUCUAUGAUAGAUAUAAGCGAACAAAGUGCUAGAAUUUGGAUUAUGCUAUUUUUCAUACUGCUUAUUUAACCAGAACCUAUUCAAGGUUACGGCUGAUUAGUCCAGACUACUUAGAAACUCGGUUGUAACUAACAUACAUAAUUCUUCUGUACUUAUGAUUAACUUAUAUACUUUUUUAUUAUGUCAAGCUCACUUUACACUUACAUCAACCAACCAGAAAAAAAAGUUCCACUAAAGUAUGACUUUGAACCUCAGAAAUUUAAAUCUACGUUCAAUAACUUUGAUUCGUCACCUUUGAUACAC